AUGGAUGACAUGGCAGAAGAAGUGCCAAGGUCCAGCAAUGACCUAUGGAGGGAUGUAGAUGACGGUUGGGAGGAUGGAGGACCAUCCAGAUCCAAUGAUGAACUAUGGGGAGACGCAGAUGACCGGUGGGGUGCGGGAGAAGACCUCUGGGAGGAUAAGCCGGAGGACACUGAACCUGCGGAGGAAGACGAGAACUGA